UCCUUUCGCUCUUCGCGUCUGAUCCAAUCGUCAGAUAUCAUCGACAAGCAGGAUGGAAAAACCACAGAAGACAAGAAAGCCACACAAGAAGUCUCGAAAUGGAUGUCUGCCAUGCAAAGCGCGACAUGUCAAAUGCGAUGAACGCAAGCCAACGUGUGCUACUUGCGACAAGUACGACUCUAUUUGUGAAUACCCUCUACCGAAAAAGCGUUUGGUGUCAGAACCACCAAUUUCAACACCUUCCUCGGCGGAUGGUUCUACGGCUAAUCACCAAACACCAAUGUACGAUCAAGCAUUGGUAUAUCCAACAGAUUCAUCUUCACCAAACAUGGCCCAUCUUCGACUUCUCCAUCAUUAUACAACCGUCACUGCGCCAACUCUCGCGGCCGAUGAUGGAGCUGUCCAUGUCUAUUCGUCCUUGGUCGUCCAUAUUGCCUUGGAAUUUCCUUUUCUCAUGGAAGCCAUCUUUGCUCUAGCCGCUCUGCACCUUGGCCGGUUAGAUAUGUCGAAACGCGCUGAGUAUUUACGACAAGCUGAAUCGCACCAUGACCGAGCUCUCAAUCUGUUUCGAAAUCUGGUCCAGGACAUCGAGGAGUAUAAUUUUCAGGCGGUCCUUCUAUUCGCAGGCACGCUGUUCCCCUACUCAUGUGCAAUACCUAUCGAUAUGCAGCAUCGACCAGAUUAUAUGCUCGAAAGUAUACUGCAAACUUUUGCAUUGAUCAGGAGAACUCGCCCAAUGGUUGCCACAUUCUACAGAUCGUUUCUCGCAUCGGAGAUAGGGCGUAUCGUACCUCAGGACACACGAGUGGACUGGGACAAAGAGGACCAACCAGAACAGACGGAACUUGUGAAGCUUCGCAAGUUCUCCGAGAUAAUCGAACACAUUUUUCCAUCCGAGAUCGUAGAAGCAUAUGUUGAUGCGAUCCGGAAGUUGGAGAUAAUAUUUGCAAGAGUCGCCAACCUUAAUUGCCCUCCAUCGGAUUCACUUAUUAAGCUUUGGGUGCAUUUCGUGAGCUCCCGUUUCAUGGAGUUACUUUCAGAACGACAACCGGGUGCGCUGAUUAUUUUCGCCCAUUACGCUGUUCUCUUCCACAGAAGUCAACAGUACUGGUUUCUCCACGGGGUUGCCGACCAGGUAAUGCAUAUUGCUGACAAUCUGGUGCCUAGCGAAUGGAAAGGGUGGUUGGACUGGCCUAAGGAACAGAUCGGCAUGGCGGCAUCUCCCAAUGGACCUGGAAGCAUGUAGAUUGGGAUGCAAUUAUACAGAUUGCAAGUUUCGAUUCCAAGUUGUAAAUGCUCGUAUCAUUUGCUAUCGCUGGAUAGGGAAGAGUGAUUAUUAUUCCUUGCAGCAGGCUACGACCAAGA